UGUGUGUGUGUGUGUGUGUGUGUGUGUGUGUGUGUGUGUGUGUGUGUGUUGCAGAUGUAAGGUGUAAGUGUUGUGUGUUUUGGUGUUUAUAUCUUUGUGAAUGUCCCCAUACUGAACACAGGGCAGUGUUGAGUGAAAUAGAAUUUUUAUUAGAAAUCAGUGUAUGAGAAAUUAUUGUUAAGUUUAGUCUUCAGUGAAGGUUUGUAGUCAUUAAUGAGACGUGAGCGGAGACGUGAGGGGAGACGUGAGAGGAGACGUGAGGGGAGACGUGAGAGGAGACGUGAGGGGAGACGUGAGGGGAGACGGAUCGUCCUGCAGCAGUCUAUUCCACUGAAAAGAACCAGUAUGGCAAGUGACGUGGACCGACAAACUGUCUUCAACACCAUAAAGGUCCGGACGUCUCUGCGGAAAGACGGCAGCUGGAUCCGGCGGAGCUCCAAUGAACAGAAAGAUCCACAACCUAAAUCUCCAGUCUUGGAUAAUCUCGUGCCCUCUGUGGAAUCCAGUCUAGUCACCACCUCCAGAAGCCCCACCCCUAAAAGUCCCACCCCUCAGAGCCCCGCUUCUGACCAGGACACGCCCACUUCUCCAGGAUGGCGCGUGAGAAGGGGCGGCUCCUACGUACUGUCAGCAUUGCGGAAGUUUGAAACUGUGGAGUCACCAGAGAGCACACCAGAGAAAAACAAUUCCAGUUUGUCCAAAAGCCCUGAAGGUACACCUGGAAUAAUACAGGGAGAACCAACACCAAAACCUGCUGAAUUCAAUGUCAUGGAUGAAGUUACAGCACCUGCGGUGAAGACACCUGAAGCUACAGCACCUGUGGUAAAGACACCUGAAGUUACAGUACCUGCGGUGAAGACACCUGAAGUUACAGUACCUGCGGUGAAGACACCUGAAGUUAAAGUACCUGCGGUGAAGACACCUGAAGCUACAGCACCUGCGGUGAAGACACCUGAAGUUACAGUACCUGCGGUGAAGACACCUGAAGUUACAGUACCUGCGGUGAAGACACCUGAAGUUACAGUACCUGCGCUAAAGACACCUGAAGUUACAGUACCUGCGGUGAAGACACCUGAAGUUACAGUACCUGUGGUAAAGACACCUGAAGUUACAGUACCUGCGGUAAAGACACCUGAAGUUAAAGUACCUGCGGUAAAGACACCUGAAGUUACAGUACCUGCGGUGAAGACACCUGAAGUUACAGUACCUGCGGUGAAGACACCUGAAGUUACAGUACCUGCGGUAAAGACACCUGAAGUUAAAGUACCUGCGGUGAAGACACCUGAAGUUAAAGUACCUGCGGUGAAGACACCUGAAGUUACAGUACCUGCGGUGAAGACACCUGAAGUUACAGUACCUGCGGUGAAGACACCUGAAGUUACAGUACCUGCGCUAAAGACACCUGAAGUUACAGUACCUGCGGUGAAGACACCUGAAGUUACAGUACCUGCGGUGAAGACACCUGAAGUUACAGUACCUGCGGUGAAGACACCUGAAGUUACAGUACCUGCGGUAAAGACACCUGAACUUGAGGAAUGUGUAGUUAAAACUCUUAAAGCUGAGGCAGCCGUAACUGAAACACCUGAAGCCGUGAAAGGGACACCUGAAACACCUGAAACACCUGAAACACCUGAAACACCUGAAACACCUGAAACACCUGUGCCGGUCUCUUCAGUAGCUCUGGUCACCAGCACAUCUCAAACUGACGGUGUUGCUAAGGAGCUGUGUUCCUUCUGUAACAAACCUGUGGAAAGCACUGCGAAGAUUUCACUGAACGUUCCUCCAAUCACCUGCCAUGUGGACUGCUUUCAGUGUGCUAUGUGUUCUAAACCACUAGGUGACCUGAUGUCCUCCAUGUUCCACCACUCUGGGAAGAUUCACUGUGAGAAAUGCUAUAAUACUGUGUUAAACAGCAUUUAAACCAUCGCCAUGGCAACAACACUACAGUUCUAUCAUUGACCUAUUAAUGUUCUUUCUUUUGUUUUCAUUUUCUAAGUCAAUAACAAGUGUGUGUGUGUGUGUGUGUGUGUGUGUGUGUGUGUGUGUGUGUGUGUGUGUGUAUUUUUGUGGGUGUGAGUGUGUGUGAGAGAGAGUGUGUGUGUGUGUGUGUGUGUGUGUGAGUGAGAGAGUGUGUGUGAGAGAGAGAGAGAGUGUGUGUGUGUGUGUGUGUGUGUGUGUGUGUGUGUGUGUGUGUGAGUGAGAGUGUGAGAGUGUAUGUGUGUGUGAGAGAGAGAGUGUGUGUGUGUGUGUGUGUGUGUGUGUGAGUGAGAGAGUGUGUGUGUGUGUGUGUGUGUGUGUGUGUGUGAGUGAGAGUGUGAGAGUGUGUGUGAGAGAGAGAGAGAGUGUGUGUGUGUGUGUGUGUGUGUGUGAGUGAGAGUGUGAGAGUGUGUGUGUGUGUGAGAGAGAGAGAGUGUGUGUGUGUGUGUGUGUGUGUGUGUGUGUGUGUGUGUGUGUGUGUGUGUGUGUGUUAUUUUUUAUUAAAUGUCCUUUCUUUCCUUUUUAAGGUUCAUUUAAAGAUUAAUAUAAAAGUGUGAAAAAAACUUUCAUUGUGUGAAAAUAAAUCAACAAAAGUUUUA